UACCUGCCAAAACACAUGGCCUCCAUUUGCUUACCUUCUAGUUGUUCUACUUCUCUCUAAAACAAAAAAAAUCAUUGUUAUUGGUUACAAAGCUCUUCAAUUUCGGUGAUGGUCAAAGGUUUCAUACAAAGAGAAAUUCCACAGAUACAGCUUUUUUUUUAGCAUGCAGAAGAUUAAUUGAGAGGAAUGUGUGACCCUCCAAAUAUUGUUGGACUCCACAUCACAUUAGUAACCACAUGUAGACUUGAUGUUGUAUCACUAGAACUCCAGUCUUCCUAAAUAAAAGAUGGUCUAAAAGUGCAUGUUUUUGUUGGCUAGAAACCUGUGGUGCCUUAAAUCUUUAUAUAAGAAGUAGACAUCAAGGCUCAGAGGAAUUUUUGUUGCAAGUCAUGCAGUUGCUGAAACCAUCAAAGAGCUUACUAUAUUUAAACAUAAUUUCUUUGAAAAUACUUCAGACUGUGUCCCCUAAAUUGAUUUGGCCACAGCUCUAAAUGUAAGAGGCAUUGUUUCAUGGCUGUUUCCUUCUGUUGGUAGGACUGAGGCAGAAGUACAUGAGAAUUAACAAUUAAAGGAGUGAUUUACAACCCAAUUAGCCCUCUUCAACAUGCUGAGAGUUACCUCUGAGUAACCUUGCAUAGGGUUGUAUUACUGGUAAUGCAGUUUCCGAAUAUUCUUCAAGCAUGUUGUUCCAAAUGAAUUGCUUCUCACUGCAGCAGAGCUCACUCAUUUCCAGAGCUCUAAAAGGUUACUUGAAAAAGUAGUAUUCUUUUCUUUUGGGAGUGGCUGGAGAAUUCCGAGUUUUAUAGUCCAAGAAAAUAACUUUUCUGACCUCCUUACUAAAAGCAAUUGUCACACUGAAAAUAUUCUUAGAAAUAUUUUUUUUAAGUUGAUGAAUCAUAAAUCCUCUUGGUAAUCCACAAUGUAAACAAUAUUAAGACCAUGACACAAUAUAUUAUUUAACUAUGUAAGUAUAUCAACUGUCUUUCACUUUACAUUUGUUAUUAUAUCUAACUGAAGUUGAGAAAAAAUUUAACUGCAAUUAACUUUAUGUACCAGUGAUUUUCAGCUUUCUUACUGUCAGUUGUAGCAGUGGAAAAUUCCUCCAUUCAUUUAAAAAGAUAAACAGUUGUAACUUUUGAAAUUUGGUUAAUGUGACAUCUAUUACUAGUGUGGGCUGUCAGCAUUCCAAAGGGGGAUAUCACCAGAUCUACAGCCUAUCAGGAUCCACUAGGCUGAGCCUGAAAAGUAAACCUAAACAUGGACAGGUGUAUAAGUACUAGAGCUAGCCAGCCCAGGUGAUGCACCUGUCUUGGGGAAAGGAGUAACACAGGUGUGCUGUAACUUGGUCAACUGCCAGAGCUAGAUUAUGAGCUCAUUUGAUCCACAAAUACACUCACCACCGCGCUGCAGCCCACAAUUUCCAAACAUCGGCCAGGAACCUCCUGAAAUGAACAUCUACUAUGAGAACUUCUUUCACCCCCAGAAUGUUCCUAGCCCACAGAGGCCUACAAACUUUGAGACGGGGGACUACAAUGCUACACCCAAUCCUUACUUGUGUUUAAAUGGACCUUCCAUCAAUGCUCCAUCUUACCUCCCAGGCUUCAAUGGUAGUCCGUACAUCCCACCAUCCUACGGAAUCCAAAGGCAGCUCUUGCCCAACAUGCAUGGCUUGGCAGGGAAUGAAAUGGGCUGGCUCCAGAUGCCAUCACAAGAAGAGCUGAUGAAGCUGGUGAGGCCGCCUUACUCCUAUUCAGCACUCAUUGCCAUGGCCAUCCACGGAGCUCCAGACAAGAGGCUGACACUCAGCCAAAUCUACCAGUAUGUUGCCGACAACUUUCCCUUCUACAACAAAAGCAAAGCUGGGUGGCAGAAUUCCAUACGCCACAAUCUGUCUCUCAACGAUUGCUUCAAGAAGGUGCCUCGGGAUGAAGAUGACCCAGGGAAAGGCAAUUACUGGACUCUGGAUCCAAACUGUGAGAAGAUGUUUGACAAUGGAAACUUUAGGCGGAAGAGGAAGAAGAAGUCUGACUGCAGUGCCAGCACAGCGUCUCUUGCUUCUGACAAGUCAGAGGACAGUGCCCUCAGUGGAAGCCCCAAAGCAGCAGAACACCAGGACAUGUUAGAAAACUCCUCGUCUGGCACUGAGACCUCACCUGAAAAGAGAUCUCCACCGCCCUCUUCCACCACUCCUUGCCUCAACAACUUUCUGACCAGUAUGACCGCUUACAUGAAUGGGUCCAAUUCGGUGAGCCGCUCUGUGCCUCUGGGACUUAACACUGACACUGGUGACAAAUUGGGACAGAAUAUGGUAGGAUUCAACUCAUACUCUCCUCUUUCCAACAUCCCUGCUCAUGGCAAUGGAGAGUGGUCCAAUUCCAUGCCCUCUAGUCACCUCGGCUACAGCAGUUCGGUUCUCAAUCAAUUCAACACCAGCUUCUACAACAGCCUUGCUGCAAAUAAUACUCUGUAUACGAGAGAAGGGACUGAAGUGUAAGGGGGAAAGGCAGGCCUUAUGAGAGGAAAGUAUAAGAAUGCAAAGGGAAAUAGAAAAACAUUAGCUCCACACCUCUGGUACUUUGUCAGUCAAUUUUCUAGAUAAACCCAACGUUUUCUUUCACUGCACAGUAACUUUAAGCUGUGCUAUACAGUUCUAACCUUCAGAAGAUUUUCUACUUGACUUAGGCUUUGUACAAAAAGAGCACAUUAUUUAAAAUUCCACAUGAGUCAGUGGAAAUGCCCCUGGUUCUAUACUUUCUGCCACUGAAACAGAACGGAAUGAUAACUUAGCACACCUUGAUUGGAAAAAGUUAUCUUUUUAUUGUUUUGCCAUCAUAGUGCAAUGCAUGUACAAAAAUAUGAAUAAAAUAUAGAAAUACUAUUCAUUAAAUGGUGUCAAUUAUACGGUCUUGCUUAACUGAAAAUAGAAGGCAUGUUCCAACCCAUGAUAAGUAUUUUAAACCAUUGGGAUUGAAACAGGAUAUCAGCUGCUUCCUUCUGAAGUAUGUAUUUAUAAUCUGACGGGUUCUGUGUAAAAUGAUAUUAAAGGGGGAAAGUGUGAGAAAAGGCAGGGAGUUCAACAGAUAUCCAAGAAGUUAUUCAUGCUCUCUUUCACAUUUUCCCUCUUUCACACAUAUGAGUCUAUUGUUGCCCAUCUUUCAAUUGUCCUGCUGCUUCCCUCUUACUAUGUAAAUAUAUGAGGAGGAAGAAAAAUCUCUGAGUUGCUGUUUGGAUCUGUUUCAAAACUCAUGUUUUUUUAAAAAGAAAGUUACAAAACUCUGCUCACAGCUGGGCAUGUUCAGGUAGCAAACCUUGUUGGAAUAGUUCUCCCAUAAAAUAUUUUGUAUGUCUGUUGUGUAUGUGAGUUGGAAGCAAAACAGGGUAUCUGUUUAACAUUAUUAGAACGAAGUCAAUGUACCUAAAAUCCAGGGGUGAUUUUGAGUUGAUGGGGAGGGUGUCAAUUAUGAUGUGCAACUGAGGAAAGACCGUCUUAAAGCUGGCUGUUUGUUUUACAUUUCUUUGUGUCACACUGUAGUAGUGCAAAUGAAUCAUAUGUUUUUAACUGCCUAAAUUUAAUAUAUACACCCCUUGUGUAUUCAGAAUGUAGUACUGUAAAGCAUAAAAGAAGCAUUUUCUGCUGUGUUUGGUAGUCUCCCUUGGAGUUUUCUAAUGUUGAAUAAAGGGACUAGUAACAGGCAGAGCCAGAGAGAAAAGAGGAUGAAGAAACCCAAUCUGUCGGUCUUUUUAAUUCUCUCUGUCUCCCUUGUCCAUUGCGGAUAGAACACACUAGUCAGAAGACGGAACCUUGCAAAGAGCUUUUGAAUUACUCUGAGGGGUAAAGUUUACCUACUCGUGGUCUAAAUAAGACAGACAUUCAGCAGUUUUGCAAUGCAGUCUUAUCCAUGCUGAUCCAGCAAUAAACACUACACAUUUAAGUGUGGUUUAUGCCCUGUUAAGAGUUCAUAGGAUGGCAGGCCUUAACCACUUACAAAUAUCUUUUAACGAGGCUGCCAGGGGGCCUUGAUGUAUUAUGACAAACAAAACACUGUUUCUUUGGGAUUUCGUAUUGUUCUUUGUAUUUUGGAUAUGAUUUCAUUAAGGGGGUCAUGCAGGGAUGUAUUUUUAAUAAAAUAUUUGUAUGAAAA